AUGUCAAAGCCUCAACUCGGAAAAGAGGAUCCAAGCAUCUACACCGAUUCAAGUGGUGACGACUCAAGCAGCGAUGACGAAGCAAUCAAGUCUUUGCUCUCAUCGUCUGCCAAACCUGCUCCGGAACCAGCGGUGGCAGAACCUGAGCCUGUUGCGGAACCCGAACCAGUAAAGGCAGCUGAACCUGCCAAGAAGACGGCUCCAAAAAAGGCUGCAACCAAAAAGGCAAAAGCUGCUCCAGAAGUUACUGUAGAAGCAUCUGGUGAGAGUCAAGAGGAACCUAAAAAACCAGCCCCGAAAAAGGCUGCUGCUAAAAAAACUGAAGCAGCAAAGCAGACAAAACCAAAGGCUGCCGAGAAAAAGGUUGUUAAGGAGAUUAAAAAGACUCCAAAGAAGACCAAGGCUACAGCUUCCCAAGAGUCUGUCCCUGAAGUUGAAGCUGAGGCCGCUCCGGCAGUUGUGGAACCUGAACCUGUUGCAGAGCCGGUAAAGGCUGAGCCAGCCAAGAAAGCAGCUCCAAAAAAGACACCUGCUAAAAAGGCCAAAGCUGCUGCUGCCGCUACUCCAGAACCAGCGGUAGUUGAGCCUGAACCAAAGAAGGAAGAACCAGAACCUGCCAAAGUGGAACCACCAUCCCUUGCAACAUUUGCAGAUUCAUCAGAUGAUGACUCUGAUUCUUCAUCAUCUUCCUCUUCUUCUUCGUCGUCAUCGUCUUCAUCUAGCAGUUCGUCCUCCUCAUCGAGCUCGAGCUCAGAUAGCAGCUCAGACAGUGAUUCCGAUGAUGAAGACGACAAGAUCAAUGCGCCAUUGGCUCUUCCAGAAUCUGACUCCUCAGAGUCUGAAUCUCAACCAGCAGCCUCUUUGGUUCAUCCAUCUAGGCUCGCCAAGAUUGAAUCUGAGGAGCAGUCCCAAGAAACCCAGGCCUCUUUCAAGAGAACUGGAUCACUAGAACCAGAGAGAAACGAAAUCUACUGUGGCGGUUUGCCUACAACGGUGACUGAGGACGAGCUUCGUGAGCUGUUUGAGACUGAUUGUGGUCCAGUUGCACGCAUAAACUUGAUCCAGCGCAAGGGUGUUGCAUUUAUAACAUUCAAGGAUGAAGAGUCUGCAGCAAAGGCUGUUGAAUUUGACAAGACUUCAUACAUGGGGAAUCCCCUGAGAAUUAACAUUACUGCUGACAGACAAAAGCAGCCAAGAGGUGACAAGGGUCAAGGAGGAGCUGGAAAGUUUGGAAGAACAAAGAGCUUUGAUUCUAACCCAAACACUCAGCCUAGCAAGGAGGUUUGCAUUAGGAAUUUAAGUUUCCAUACAACUGAAGAGGGAAUGAGGGAAUUGUUUAGUGAAUGCGGUGAGGUUGUUCGUUGCCAUAUACCAAAGUUCCAAGAUUCUGGAAAAAGUAUGGGAAGGUGUUUCAUUACCUUUACUACCCUUGAGGCCGCUGCCAGGGCUGUUGAGUAUGAUAAUACAGCAAUUGAUGGACGUACAGUGAGCAUUCAGUACGCAUUCCCUAGGGCCAAUGGUCAGGGUACUGGCAGACCUUCUAUGCGUGGAAGAGGCACUGUGCAAAGAGGUAGGGGAACCGGUGGUUUCUCUAGAGGAGUUAAGCGUGAUUCUCCAACCUCUGGAUUUGGAAAUAGAGGCGGUGAGGGGGCCGUAGAGGAUGGAGAGGCCAAGAAGCCGAAAUCGAUCAUCUUUGACGACGAUGAUGAAUAA